GGAAUCCUUAUUAGUUCUUCUAUCAUUUAGCUUUAACCUCGCGCCUCUUCCACCCUUUUGCCUCCAGAAAACUAAAUCGACGAAGGCAGCCGCUCAUCACCUUCGAAUUAUUCCCCCUCUCUCCAUGCUGCUCUUUCCGAGUGCGUGCUCCUGCCCAUAAUCCCACGAUUCUCGGCGACAUCCUUGACAACUUCGGGCUUUCGAAGCGCCAAUCACUCAGACAGCCGCGUCGAACACGAAGCUCGGAAGGUGUCCCAAGGAGCGAGCAAUCAUGGAUUAUGACGCAAUGAUGCUGGACGGCGAUUCCGCCGGUCCGUCUGUCAAAAUUUCUAACACCGAGCGCGACCGGGUCGUAUUCAGCCUCACCAACUGCGACUUAUCCUUCGCCAACUCGAUAAGGCGCGUCAUCCAAGGCGAGGUCCCCACAGUUGCUAUCGACAUCGUGGAGAUCGAAACCAACACUUCCGUCCUCGCCGACGAAUUCAUCGCCCACCGCCUGGGCCUCAUCCCUCUCGAUUCGAAGGACGCCGGCAGCUUGCUCUACUCACGCGAUUGCGACUGCGAGCAGUACUGCGACAACUGCAGUGUCAAGAUCACAUUAGCCGCCAAGUGCACGUCGGACGAGGUCAUGAAGAUCUACGCCAGCGACCUCGUCGUCGAUAGCUACCGCCAGAACGCCACCAUCGGAAACCCCGUCAUCACCGACCCGGACAAGCUCGGCACCCUCAUCUGCAAGCUGCGUCGCGGCCAGGAGAUCAAGCUUACGUGCAUAGCCAAGAAGGGCGUGGCUAAGGAACACGCCAAGUGGAUGCCGACAGCUGCCGUGGGAUUCGAGUAUGAUCCGCAUAACAAGCUGCAUCAUCUCGAUCUCUGGUACGAGACGGAUGCUGCAGCGGAAUGGCCGAAAAGCAAAAAUGCCGACCAGGAGGACCCUCCCCAAGAAGGCGAACCUUUCGACUACAACGCGAAACCCAGCAAGUUUUACUUCGACGUCGAGAGCACCGGAAAUCUCGACCCCGACCAGAUCAUCCAGGAGGGAAUCAAGGUCAUGCAAGAGAAGAUUGCCCUGCUACUGCACUCGCUCACCGGAGAGGCUGAGGAGGGAAUGAACGGGGAUUACGACGGACCGCGGAGCCCAACUAUGGGCCUCGACGAGCCCGGUUGGAAUGACCAGGGUUAUACUACUCCUUACAACGGCGGCGGCGGCAACAUGAGUUCCUGGGGUGGCAACACGACCACCACCCCUUACCAUUCUAGCACCACUCCAUACGGAGUCCCCGGUCAAAAUGGUUGGAGUUGAAGGGGGUGUACAAUGGCGUUUCGGGUUAUUGGGGGGACUUUCACACGAUUGCAUAGCGGCGUUAAUUCGGCAAUAAAAGAGGGGGAGGCUGCCCAGGCGCGGUUUAGGAAUCUCUGUGUAUAGUAAACCGAGAGGUGAAGAUGACUUGCCGGUACGCAUUUGACAAAAGAUGGGUAAUAAAACAGACAAAAAUAAUCGACAUUAUUGGUUCUAUAAUAUCUCUGCACGCCCUCUAUGCUUUAGGCGUUGAUGAUCCUGUUGAGAAUAGAACAUUGUACACAUUGGGUCUGACCUGACCCUCGUAUUCGCUGCCAUGUCAUGGCCCGUCAAGCUGAGCAUCUCUGGUGCCCUAGCUGCCAAAGGGAG